CCAAAUCAAAUUUGAUAACAUUUUGUAAGAGAGAGAAAAAGAACUGAACCAUAUCCUAAUUUGUAGCUAGCUACACAGUACAUUAAGCACUGUUUGCGGUUUCUAUUUUCUCACAUACUCAGAAGAAAAAGCGUCGUUCAACUUCAACAACAACAAAUGAAGAAGGAAUCGCGAAGUGAUGCCAAAGAUCAACUCUCUUCGGUUCAGCUUUCAGCUCCUCCUUCUUGGAAGAAACUGUACUUCCCUAAGAAAGCAGGAACACCAAGGAAAGGCGAGAUUGUAUUCGUUGCUCCAACUGGAGAAGAGAUAACCUCCAGAAGACAAUUGGAGCGGUACCUAAAAUCACAUCCUGAGAAUCCUAACAUAUCAGAAUUUGAUUGGGGAACCAGUGACACACCAAGACGAUCAUCAAGGAUUAGUGAGAAGGUCAAAACAACUUCACCUGCAGAAGCCGAGCCUCCGAAGAAACGCGGUCGAAAAUCAAUUGGUUCACAGAAGGAAGACAAGGUAACCGAAACUGAAGCUCAUUCCGAGGAAGCUGAGCCUCCGAAGAAACGCGGUCGUAAAUCAAUUGGUUCAAAGAAGGAUGACAAGGUAACAAAAACUGAAGCUCAUUCCGAGAAAGCCGAGCCUCCAAAGAAACGCGGUCGAAAAUCAUCUGCUUCAAAGAAACAUGACAAGGAGACCGAAACUGAAUUUCCUUCAGAGGAAGCCAAGGAAAAGGGAAAGUCUUCUGCAGAAGAACCAAAAGCCGAUCCAGUUGAUGCUGAUGACAACAUCGGUGAUAAAGUAAAGAGUGAUGAUGCAGAAGUAAUUAAGCAAAGUAAAGCAGAAGGUGAACUUGUUCAAGAACCUUUGAAGGCUGUGGUCGAGGAGGAGAUAGUUGAAUCGGCAAAGGAAAAGUCUUCUGCUGAAGAACCUAAAGCUGAUCCAAUGGACACUGAUGAAAAUGUCAAUAAUAAAACAAGGAGUGAUGAUGCCGAGGAAAUUAAGCAAAGUAAUGCAGAAGGUGAACAUGUUAUUGUAGCUUCAAAUGCUGUGGUUGAAGAAGCAAUAGCUGAAUCGGCAAAGGAAAAGUCUUCUGCGGAAGAACUGGAAGCCGAUCCAAUGGACACUGAUGACAAUGUCAAUGAUAAAACAAGGAGUGAUGAUGUGGAGGAAAUUAAGCAAAGUAAUGCAGAAGGUGAACUUGUUCAAGAAGAUUUGAAUGCUGUGUCUGAGGAGACAAUAGUUGAAUCGGAAAAGGAAAAUCCUUCUGCAGAAGAACUGGAUGCUGAUCCGGUGGAUGCAGAUAGCAACAUCUAUGAUAAAACAAAAAGUAAUGAUGCAGAUGAAAUUAAGCCUAGUAAUACAGAAGGUGAACUUGUUCAAGAAGCUUCGAAUGCUGUGGUCGAGGAGGCAAUAGUUGAGUCGGAAAAGGAAGUGUCUUCUGCAGAACCAAAAGCCGAUCCAAUGGAUGCUGAUAGCAACAUUGAUGAUAAAACAAAGAGUAAUGAUGCAGAGGAAAUUAAGCAAAGUAAUACAGAAGGUGAACUUGUUCAAGAAGCUUCGAAUGCCGUGGUCGAGGAGGCAAUAGUUGAGUCGGAGAAGGAACUGUCAUCUGCAGAACCAAAAGCUGAUCCAAUGGACGCUGAUAGCAACAUUGAUGAUAUAACAAAGAGUAAUGAUGCAGAGGAAAUUAAGCAAAGUAAUACCGAAGGUGAACUUGUUCAAGAAGCUUCGAAUGCCGUGGUCGAGGAGGCAAUAGUUGAAUCUGAAAAGGACCUGUUUUCUGCAGAAGAACCGAAAGCUGAUCCAGUUGAUGCUGAUAACAUAAUCAUUGAUAACACAAAGAUUGAUGAUGCCGAGGAAAUCAAGCAAGGUAAUGUGGAAGCUGAAAAUUUGACUGUUGAGAACCCUCAAGUGGAAGAAACACCAAUGGCAGAACCAGAGGAACAACUUGCUGAAGAAGCUUUGAAUGCAGUGGUUGCUGAAAAAACACAAGAGGAGGCCCCAGUUGAAUUGGAGAAAGAAAAUGGUACAAUUGACAGUAGUAAGCAGGAAAAAUCAGGCGCUGAGGAAAACGAAGGAGCUGAAAAAGCGAGUCUCAACUUUGAAGAAAUUAAUGGCAAGAAUGAAAUUCCAGCAAGUGAUGAGAAACAAACAAUUCAAGGUGAGGAGCAAGUGAAGAUGGGUGACAAUGAAAGCUUUAUUUGGAGCUUUGCUCAAUGAAGUAGUAUAUUACCAUUACUAUUCACCAACCCUUAGUGUAAGCUACUGAUAUGCACUUUAUACCUAGUAUCCUUAAUUUUUUUGUAAUGCUAUUUAAGAUGUUUAGCACUGACAUUUUAGAUUGAAAACGACGAGUGUGCUACAUAUUGACACUUCACGACACCGACACAUGUAGCACAUUCAAUGAUUUUAUUUAUAGUAUUAUUACUGGUGGUGUUAGUGUCGAGUCUCGUGUAUGUGUUAGGGGUCUACACAAUUUCAAAUGAUUUAGUUAUUUUGUUACAUUAUGGAUGACUGUAAUCUUGCAUUCUGUUUCAACAUUUUGUAAAAUUAGGAGAUUAAACUUGUAUGCCUCUUAAGAUUA